AUGGCUGUGUUGGGCUUCUGCUAUGGCGACGUCACAGCCGAGAAAGUGAUGGAAUUCCUCACCUGUGUGAUCUGCCAGGAACUGUACACAGACCCCUGUACACUGAGGUGUGAUCACACAUUUUGCAGGAAAUGUGUCACUGAAUACAUCCAAACCAUACCAGAUGCUGUACAGUCCAAGACGAUCCCCUGUGCCUUCUGUCGACAAGAUACCAAGGUCCCCGACCCCAGCCGGCCAGUGGAGGAAUGGGCGGGGCAGAUCAAACCCAGCAUCAUUAUACAGGGGCUGAUUGACACACAAGCUGGAGCUACUACUGAAGACACAGGUGCUAAAUGUUGCACAUUAUGUGACCAGCUAGGGGAGACAACUCAAGCGAUCUCCUGGUGUCCAGACUGUGAAGUUACUCUCUGUGAAAGGUGUGUCAAAAUGCAUCGUGCUAGUCCCUCAUCUCGUGACCACGAACCGUGUGACCUGUCUGGAGAUAUCAAGGUGAUGAAGAGACGAAAGGUCAUGUGUCAAGAACACAAGGCUGAGCAAGUAAAAUAUCUCUGUAAAGACUGCAACAAGACACUGUGUCAGUCCUGCUGUGUGGUCUACCACAGGAAAUGUGAGUCUGUCGUCACAAUCAAUUCACAAGUGGCAAGAAUGAAAUCGGAGUUAGCUUUGCGAAGUGACAUCUUACGGACAAAAUGUGACGGCAAACGCAAUAGAAUAGAAAGAAAGAAAUUCAAAAUAGAUAAAAUUAAAGACGACAAAGUGACAGUAAGAGAGCAGGUUAAUCUUAUAGCUAAUAAGGCCAUAGAGUACAUCCGACAGAAGGAAAAGAAGUUGUUAGAUGAAUUAGAUGAAAUAACAGAAAAACACAUCAUUCAGACUCAUGCUGAUGUAAAGCUUCAAGAGAUUGAGAUGCAGAUGUACAAACAACAUUGUGAGUUCAUUGACCAGGUCUUGAUAUCGGACUGUCAGAUGGACCUGUAUGACGCGUAUCAGGCCUGGGAGUCGGGAGCUGUAGAGUUGGUGGAUGUCAGGGACACAGACACAGCAGACACACGGCGAAUAGAUGACAUCAGGUUUACACCUGACACUGACAACGUCCAGCACAUCCUAGAUGACCUACAGUUGGGAAAGAUUGACCUCAGAUAUGGAGAUGGACCUGGUCUGAAGUGUUCACCAGUGUUGUUCCACACACUUGAUGCGACCUCAGAGGAUGACGAGGGGAUACCUGGUAUGCCUGGCGUCACAGAACUUAAUUUGAAGGAGAAGCAUGUGAUGGUUGCUGUCCCCGCAUCCCGUCAUAUUGUAACAGUAGAAGUGACCCCUGACCUUGUGCUGCUCUCAACCAUCACAACAAGCAAGGGGUACUACAGUCUCACUGUUCUGAGUCCUUCUUCUCUAGCAGCAGGUGGUUGGGGCGGUGUUGAUAUCCUGGACAUGGGGGGACACGUGCUGAGGUCAGUCACUACACACAACAAGGAGACACUGUUUACCUUACCGUCCUACAUGAGUGUCAACACCAAGGGCAACAUACUCGUGUCUGAUUGGAAGAAGAAGUCUGUGACAUGUUUGACGUCAGAGGGGGACGUCGUGUGGAGAUACGCCCCUACCGGAGAUAUGGCACUCCAUCAGCCUUCUGGUAUCUUUACAACCAACACUGGAGAUAUCAUGUUUAUAGACCAGCUGGCCGAGGCUAUUAUACUACUAAGCGAGACAGGGGAAUAUGUCAGCGAUGUCAUCACAUCACAGGAUGGUAUGAGCCAGCCAUUGAGUCUCUGCAUUAACAAACAUGACUCAGUUCUUGUUACUUGUGGAAGGGAAAUCAAAACAUUUAUUCUUACAUAG